UGUCCUAUGAUCUUAUCAAGUUCUCUAGAAAAGCGAGGACAUUUUACAUUUACAUCUUGGGUCAGGAGAAGGUCCUGCACUAUUCCAGGUGACAGAGUCGAGGAAGCGGAUGCCUCAGCAUGGAGCAGAGAGAAGAUGGCGCUGUACCUGACGUUCCCGGUGACCAUGUUCUGGAUCUCUAAUCAGCCGGAAUACUUUGAAGAAUACAUAGUGAAACGUAAGAGAGAGAUUUAUCCCCCGGAAAAAGAUGAACAGAAGAGACAGCUGCAGGAAAGGAAGGAGACCAUUAGACUGCAGAGAGAGAAGCUCUAUAUGGAAGACUAGAGCACCCCCCACCAAGCCCCUCAAAGUUGUAUUGCACUCUGUAUAUGGCGUCUGUAACAUACAUGAUAUAUACCUACAAUAAAGAGAUGUUUUGUACAUA